AUGAUACUAUCUCCAAACGAUCCCUCUCUGGUUGUUCCGGCUUCAUCCAGAUUCAACGAUAUCGGUGUCCAACAAUUAAGCGAUUACGUCCAUCCUCAAGUCUUCCCCAUCAAAGGUCGAAUUCCGAAUCCAGAUCUAGUCGCAGUAUCAAAAGAUCAUCUUGCCCGCCAUGACCUCCUCGGCAAAUCACAAAGUGGCGCAAACCCUGUCGCAUUCGAUCUCCCUGCUCUUCAAGGCCAAACUUUGGAUGAACAUUUUUACAAACUUGGAAUGGACUCCUCCGAGCCUUAUUUAACAUUUGCCAAAUCUUAUGCGAAGGUCAAUUGUCCGCCUAAACCGCGAAAAUGGGAAAGACGCAGUGGAUGGACGAAAUACAAUUCCGAUGGCACUUCCGAACCCGUCGAUGCUCCUAAUGAGUCUAUGCUCACAUUCGACACCGAAGUCAUGUAUAAAGAAAAUUCAUUUGCUGUCAUGGCUUGCGCGGUGAGUCCCACUGCAUGGUAUGCCUGGAUCUCGCCCUGGCUCCUCGGCGAGUCGAAGAAUGAGAUUCAGCUGGUACCUCUGGGUGACCCUACCCAGCCCCGUAUCGUCGUUGGUCACAAUAUCGGCUAUGAUCGGGCACGGGUUCUAGAGGAAUACGAUAUGAAGCAGUCUCAAAACUUCUUCCUCGAUACAAUGUCUCUUCACGUUGCAGUAAAUGGCAUGUGUUCACAGCAGAGACCAACUUGGAUGCGGCAUAAAAAAAAUAAGGACCUGAGAGAUAAGAUCGCAAACGAGCACAACUCCGUGGAGCUUGCAGCACUUCUCGAAAGCAACAUGCUGAGAGAAGAGGAGGAAGAGUUGUGGGUUGGGCGGAGCUCGGUGAACUCGCUGCGAGAUGUGGCCAAGUUCCAUUGUGAUGUCACCAUCGACAAAGCGCAAAGAGAUCUUUUCGGUGAACUCGAUCGUGACUCUAUUGUACACAGACUAGAGGAACUUCUCGACUAUUGUGCCGCUGAUGUUUCCAUCACCCACCGUGUGUACCGGAAAGUCUUUCCCAACUUUCUCGAGACUUGUCCGCAUCCUGUUAGUUUCGGUGCUCUUCGACACUUAUCCUCUGUUAUUUUACCGGUGAACCAAUCCUGGGAGGAGUAUCUUACCAGCGCCGAGGAAACAUACCAUACGCGACUUAAUGAGGUUCAACGUAAACUUCUUGAAUUAUGUGAUGAGGCAUUGAAAUGCAAAGAGCAACCAGAUGUUUACAUGAAUGAUCCUUGGUUGCGCCAGCUGGACUGGUCAGGUCAAGAGAUCAAAAUGGUGAAAGGGAAGAAGAAGACCGAUCCACCUCGCCCCGCGGCAAGGCAAAAGAAGCCGGGAAUGCCCAAGUGGUACAAGGAUCUUUUUGCGACGAAUGCCGCAGAAAUCAACCUCACUGUGCGAACUCGCAUCGCACCAAUUCUUCUCAAGUUGUCAUGGGAUAACUAUCCUCUCGUCUGGUCUGAUAAAUAUGGAUGGACUUUCCGGGUUCCUCGUGACCAGCUUAAGCAAUACGAAAACCAGCCAGUCGUCCUGUGUGAUAUGGCCGAAGAAACAGACCCUCAGUUACGAGACGACAGGAAAAACACAUACUUCAAGAUUCCUCACAAAGAUGGCCCACAGGCCAGAUGUACCAACCCACUGGGUAAAGGUUAUAUGGGGUAUUUUGAGCGUGGAAUCCUGUCCUCUCAGUAUGAACUUGCCAAAGAAGCACUCGACAUGAACGCUUCUUGCUCCUACUGGAUCAGUGCCAGAGAUCGCAUCAAGAGUCAGAUUGUGGUCUACGAGGAUCAAGUAUCCAAGGAUGGCAAGAAGCAAGCCGCAAAUGACAAUCGAGUUGGAUUCAUUUUGCCUCAAGUCAUCCCAAUGGGAACUAUUACUCGCCGUGCAGUGGAAAAUACUUGGUUGACUGCGAGCAAUGCCAAGGCAAAUCGUGUCGGGUCAGAGUUGAAGGCAAUGAUCAAAGCCCCUCCAGGCCACUCGUUUGUUGGAGCUGAUGUUGACUCCCAAGAGCUCUGGAUUGCAAGUCUUGUGGGCGACGCCACGUUCCAGAUCCAUGGAGGAAAUGCAAUUGGGUUCAUGACCCUUGAAGGUUCCAAGAAUGCAGGAACUGACUUACAUUCGCGAAGUGCGCAAAUUCUGGGCAUUUCGCGUAAUGAUGCCAAGGUCUUCAACUAUGGUCGAAUUUAUGGCGCUGGCGUCAAGUUCGCCUCUACCUUGCUUCGUCAGUUCAACCCGUCUUUGACUGAAAGGCAAACACAAGAGACCGCCCAGAACCUAUACAAAGAGACAAAGGGAACACGCACUUCACGUCGUAUGCUUAGUGAUACUCCCUUCUGGCGAGGUGGCACUGAGUCCUUUGUCUUCAACAAACUGGAGGAGUUUGCGGAUCAGGAACGCCCCCGGACUCCUGCUUUAGGUGCCGGUAUCACCGAAGCACUAAUGCGACGCUUCAUCAAUAAAGGCAGCUUCAUGACAUCUCGAAUCAAUUGGGCCAUUCAAUCCUCAGGCGUUGACUAUCUCCAUCUCCUGAUCAUCGGCAUGGAUUAUCUUAUCCGACGAUUCAAUAUUCAGGCCCGCUUGGCUAUCACUGUCCACGAUGAAAUUCGCUAUCUUGUCAAAGAUGAAGACAGGUACCGCGCUGCGAUGGCAUUGCAGAUUGCAAAUGUUUGGACCCGCGCCAUGUUCUCGCAGCAAGUCGGCAUUGAUGAUCUUCCCCAGUCGUGUGCCUAUUUCUCGGCUGUCGACGUUGACCACGUACUCCGAAAGGAGGUCGACAUGGAUUGCGUGACUCCGUCGCAUCCUCAUAAGAUCCCACAUGGUGAAACCCUGGACAUCGAACAGCUUCUCGACAAGGAGCAGCAAGCUUUCUUGGAUCCUUCCAUCACACCUCACUCAGCUCCCGCCCCCGAGAAAUACUCAUACACCCCGCGUGAGUCAGUCAUGUCUGCUCUGCAGGCCUCCAAUGACAUCGACUUCAUCAAAGCUCAGGUCACAAAAGAUGACAAGGAACUCCGUGAGAUCAUCAAGCAGAAGACCCAGGCAGGCGCCCGCCCCGGCACUUCUAGUGCCCGCACUCCCUCUAAAUCAAAGGGCAAAUCUACCAAUUGGACUUCCGCAGAGCCACAGCGGGCGGUUCUCAUGGACAUGGAGUCAGGCAUCUACCCAGACUUCCGCAGUCCCCCUCGUUCGAGCCCUGGUGGUAGCAAACAGCCUCAGAUGGGUUUCCAACGUUCUCCCUGGAAACCUCGGCCAGCAGCUCGGGCAUAG